AUUAAAUCGGCUUAUUUAUUACAUUUCUCAGAGGCUUGGAUUAGUACUUUGAUGCAACAAACCAAGUUUUUAUUUACCAUUUCACCAUUUUAGGAUUAUUCAUGAUUUGCUGUCACAUUCACUUUGAUAUCUUAUGAGUAUAUUUUUUGGAGAGAACAUUUUAGGUCAAGACUGUGAAUCAUUUAACUGAGAAACUAAAACUGACCAUACAUUGUUUAAAUCAACAUCCAUACAAAAGCUCCAGCAUGACUAAAGUGUAAAUCAGGUGACAUUCAAGUGAAGCCAUUUAUUCAACCUAAUGGCCAGAAACUUUACAUUUCUUUAGGUUCAGUUUUCAGUUUCUAUGUUGUGACAACUCUGCUUAUAGUCUAGUUAUAAUAUAAUAAUCUGUGGCUUGCAGGAACUUACGGCAACAUUAUGUAACUUUAUCGUUUUUUAAAUUCAACCUUCAAGAAAACAACAUCAGAUUCAUCGCUCAGCAAGCUUUCUCUGGAGUGCUGAACCUGGACACAUUGGACCUGAGCAAAAACAACCUGGAAGAUGAGGCUUUCAGCCAGAACCCGCUGUCUGUGAGUAACUCAGUCAGCAGCCAACGCAGCUGUCGACACUUCUUCACUGUCAGUGUGUCAAUAGUCCAGUUAAAUACUCAUCCGCAAGCACAUCACACCUGGCUGUAUUCUGCAUGUUCACAUCUUGUAAAGUAGUAUAGUACAUCUAGCUUCUACGUUGGAGUUCAGCUGAAGGGCAUCUGUGCUUUCAAACACUGGAGUGUUACAUGAUGUAUGUGCCGUGCGGUACAAGUUCACGAGGACACAUAUCGGUAUCAUGUAUCAUCCAAUCAUAGAACUGCAGCUCCAGACCUGAAGUACCACACCAGCGCUGUUACUGUCGCUUUAAUACUUGCAAGUGUCACGUGAGGUUGAUCAUAUUUGCGAUAAAUAGUGUUUCAUCGUGAGACUUUUCCUCUGCAGAACUGGAGAAAAAGCAGGGGUUUCUAACCAAACUUUAAAAAAAGAAAAAGAAACAACAAAUAGCAGAGGCAGAGCCCAAAGGAAAAGAAACAACAAACAGAAAGUUCUCCCUCAUGGUGCCACAUAUUGGAGCUAUCUUCUUAAGUGUCACUCAGAUUACUUACCAGCUAGGCUCCUCACUCGCCUCAAAAAUCUUUAUGUUCUGCCAAAAUGAGGGAAAACUCUUCCUUAAUCGAGUGGUUAAUAUCCACUUGAGGUUAGAAUAGCAUAAUAAUGAAAACAGAAACCAAAAAACAAAACAAAAACAAAAACAAGAAGCUACAAAAAGUAAAGCUCGCUGCCUGCCGGUGGUACAAAUGUUAUUGAUUGCAGCAGAUGUUGCCUUAUGUCCCUGUCAGAGGCGGCGCUGACAUUUCUUGACCUGUGGGUCCGAACUGCAGCCACUAUUGUUUUCCUGUCCUUGGUCUGAUAUUGACCCGGAAAGCUCCCUCUUGUGGGGGAAUCUGCAGCCUGCUGAAUGUGAACGAGUGUAGCUUGACCUCUCUGAAGAAGCUGAACCUCGAUGACAACCAGCUCACCAGGGUCCCGGCGCUGCCGCCAUCCCUGGAGGAGCUCAAGAUGAACAGCAACAAGCUCAGCGCACUCACCCUUCACUGUUUCACCGGUUUGACAAACCUGUUGAAUCUGGAGCUGGAGGAGAAUCUUCUCCAUGAGGGAAGCGUGUCACCACAAGCCUUCAGACCACUCGAGAAGCUUGUGGAGCUCCAGCUGGACAAGAACCGCUUCCGAUCCCUCCCGCUGGGCCUCCCUCCCUCUCUUCAGGACCUUGAGAUGAAUGAAAAUCUGAUUGAGGAGGCGACAGAGGAGGCACUGAGGGGCUGCGUUCAUCUGAGAGUCCUGGACCUGAGUCACAACCUGCUGCAUGAGCACAGCAUCGGCAGCCAAGCCUGGACCCGUCUCAAGUCCCUGGAGGCCUUGGACCUGUCCUACAACCAGUUCACCUCCGUGCCGCUCUAUCUGCCUCGCAAUCUCCGUAAACUGACCCUCCAACACAACAACAUCAGUCACAUCCCCUCCUUCGUGUUCCGUCACGUGCGGCCCGGCCUGCGGACCCUCCAGCUAUCCCACAAUGCCUUGAGCAAUGAAGGACUAGAGCGGUUCUCUUUCGUCGGAACGUACCGUUCACUACAUGAGCUCCUGCUGGACAACAAUCAUCUGAGGGACGUCCCGCGCUGCGUUCGACAGUUUAAGAACCUGAAGGUGCUGCGACUGGAUAACAACCAGAUCAGGGUAUUGAGGAAGUGGGGAGUGUGCCACCCCCGUAAUUCUGACUCCACCUUGGCUUCGCUCCACUUGGAAAACAAUCUGCUGGAGGUGGAGAGGAUUCCUCCAAACGCCUUCACCUGUCUCGCUGAUGCUCAGGGACUCGUCCUCUAUCCACAGCAGGAACCCAACUCAUACAACCAAUAGACGAACACGAAAAAAAAGACACGUACAGACAAUAUAUGCAUGUGCAUCCUUGCUCAUGUAGUCAUGAGCACUACUCAUGUAGUGAGUCAUCAUCUCACUAUCAUCACAUCAUGUCAUCUCCAAACCCAUCAUUUUCUCUCCCAUCUUGUCUUUGAUGAGGAAAAAUGACUCUAAUGUUUUUAUAUGUAUUAAAUCAAUUUGUAAUUUACACUGUAAUGGAGCUAAUGUUUUGAUCCUGCUGGAUGUGUGAAAGGAUUAGGAUCCAGAUCUGCCUGAAACAUUGGUUCUAAUCCGUCUUUUUCAUUAAAGUAAUUUGUUUGA